AGCAGCAGAGGAGAGGAGGAGGACCGGAGCUCACAGGGCGCAUAGAUCACAUCCGGGGCUGGUUUAUUCUAAUAACGAAACGUCCAACCCGGAAAAAAAGACAACUCUUCUGUAAUCCGAUCACACAAACAAACAGAUGAGCGCGUGAGAGCCCGAUGCACACCGGACCGGAUUGAUCAUGUUCGCCGUUUGUAAAAGUUAUCCAAACUUUGUCUAACAUGCUCGUUCUUGACCCGCCGCGGGUCUCUCUGUGCUUCUGAGCCGCGCGGGGCGCUGGCUGUGGCGCAAACGGACUCCACAGCGGUGUCAUGUGCUAGCAGCAGCAUGCCAUACGUGGACCGGUUGAACCGCGUAUGCGGCUUCCUGGACGUCGAGGAGAAGGAGAACAGCUGCCGCUUCCAGAGGCGAUACUUUAUCCUGGACACGCAGGAAAAUGUCCUGCUGUGGUAUAUGGACAACCCUCAGAACUUACCCAGUGGAACUAGCUUUGUUGGCAGCCUGAGACUAACCUACAUCUCUAAGGUGAGUGAAGCUACAGCAAAGCAAAAGCCAAAGACAGAGUUCUGCUUUGUCAUCAAUGCAGUUUCCCGGAGGUACUUCCUCCAAGGCAACGAUGUGCCUGACAUGAGGGACUGGGUGGCUGCUCUCAAUAAGGCCAGCAAGAUCACUGUUCCUAAGUCUGGCCCUGCACCUCCGAGGUCCGAUGUGACCAAAGUAAUCGGCGACACUCAGGGAGGAAGGAGACUGCACGCCUACAAGACCGAGAUCAUCGGUGGUGUGGUGGUGCACACUCCCAUCCAGAAUGAGAGCGAAGAGGCUGAAGGGAGGGAGAGGAAGGGCAACAGGCCGGCUGUGCUGAGGUGUGGUUACUGUGUCAAACAAGGAAAUGUGAGGAAGAGCUGGAAGAGGAGGUUUUUCACCCUGGAUGACAAUGCAGUCAGUUACUACAAGUCUGAAAUGGAUAAGGAGCCUCUCCGAGCUGUCCCACUGAGGGACAUUCAGAAGGUCCACGAAUGUCUCGUCAAGUCAGGCCCUCCCCUGAGCCACUGUUGUAUUCAACACGACCAUCUUCCACUGUGUGCGUCCAUCAGGGAUCUCCUGCUGAGAGACAACCUGUUUGAGAUCAUCACCAGCUCCCGAACCUUCUACAUUCAGACAGACUCUCCAGAAGAGAUGCAUGGCUGGAUCAGGGACAUUGAGUUGAAGAUCCAGGACUUCAGAGGUCCCCCUAAGGGCUUUUCAUUUAGACGUGGGUCUUCUCUCUAUCGAAGUCACAAUGCCUCCUCGGCGUCUCGAGGUCAACAGAGCGAUGAGCGCCGACCCGCACUGGUCAAGUCCUGCUCUGUGACAUCGGGCUGGCAGCCCUGGACGCCUGUCCCUCCGUGUGAGACCUCCAUCCUGGAUGCAGAGGAUGAAGACAGUGCUUUCAGCUCUGUGCGCACCUUGCCUUCGCUCUCCUCCUCCUCCACCUCUUCCUCAACCUCCUCCUCCUCCACCUCCCUCUCCGCCACAACCCCUUGCCCCUGCGCCAAUCCAGCAGCUUCAGCCAGCGGACUGGGGAUCCUCACAGCGGCUGGAGAUGUGGCCAGCGGGCGUCGGAGGCACCGCUCGCAGCCUCAGCCUCACACUGGCUGCAGCUUCCCCUUCAGCCUGGACGAAGACGGCAUCCGCACCUCAGACGUCUAAGUUCAGUGAAGUCUGUCCAGACUCCUGUUUGGACUUGAGAGUUGGUACCUGUUUUAAAAUGAAUGUGACUGGUAAUAAUAGUAUUCCCUGCUCAUGAAGUGAGACUGUGACCAUCUGCCUCAAUGCCAUGAUGAGGGGCCUCCUGCUGGUCUUGUAGCUGUAUUGCAGACGAAGUACGCACCCAGCUGUAAGGGGACCAAGAGGCUCAGUGUUUGUUGUUCACAGGGCUGUGAAGAAGUACGAUGGAGUGUUUUUAGUGCAACUUCCUCUGAAAACUUGAAUAAUCUUGUUGUUAUUUGUUCUUACAGACUAACAAAUUAUGGCACAUGCUUUCAGUCUGUUGCACUUGGCUCCCCUCGGAGAUGUAACUCAUCAAGAACGUGUUUUUACCCCUGCUACAAGUAUUCAUCAAAAACUGUUUAGGCAUUUAAACACAUUAGUAUCCAUUUUUUAAAUAUAUAUGCAAACUACUUUUUAAAAAUUGGGUCUUUUUAGUAUAUUUUAAGGCCAGCAGUGGUUUUUUGUAUCUUUCUUCCUGAAACGUAUGUUGUAUGACAUCAACUUUUCUUCAUUAAUAAUUAACAAUCAUUUGUUAACUAACAUCUAAUCAGGUGUCUGGGGGAAAGUAUAAGUAUAGGUCUCAGACAAAAGGUACAACUGAAUGAGGGCUCUUCUGUUGUCAGCAGCAACUUUUAUAUGUUCGCACUAUGUUUCAUGCAGGAGCUUUUAAUACUUCAAAGAAGAUCAACUUUCAGUAAACUGUGACUCCUCUCUGAGCUUUUAACAGGGUACCGUAAUGGUACAGCAGUGUUUUAGAUGGUACUUGCCGUAGAAUGUACGGCCAACAUCAAAGUACAGUUGAUCAGCUUGUUGACAGCUUUGUAAAUGUGAUUUUCUUAUUCCAGCAUUAUGUUGGAAAAUGUGCCACUACUUCUGGUAAUUUAACUGUAAUUCUGCACUUUGCUUUUCUAAUUGUAAUUUGUGUUUUUUGCUUUUACAGCAGAUAUUACAGCUUCCUCUGAGAUGAUGCCUCAGGUACUUUGUUACACCAGUAGUUUUAGGCCUCCUCAGGUUCACCUCAAGACUUCCUUGAUGUGGUACCAUGUUCAUGACUGUUUCCUUUUUGCUGAAGCUGUGUGCACUCGUCUGCCUGCGUAUAGAGUUAAUUUUCUUUCUUGCGCAUUAAAUGAUGCUUUUUA